AAAUAUGACUAAGACUAAAAUUGAUUUUCGUCAUUGUGACUAAGACUACGACUAAAUCAAAAAAAGCUGACAAAAUUAACACUGCUUCCAACACAGCAUUAAUAUUACCAAUUAUCUGUUUCUUUGUCAUAUGAACACAUUCCGACUUAUGUCUCAGAGAACGUAUGAUUGUGGCUCUGCAGUGUAUAGCCUUACUUGAGGUUUUGUAGGCUAAUGUGGGUCAGACAUGUGUUAAAACUCUAUGGAUGUAGCAUAAUUACCAUGCAUAUCAAUGUAGUGAUUUAGGCUAUCUGAAACUCUAACCCUGCACUUUCUGUUCAUGACAGUCUAACAAAACAUUUUCACCGAUUUUUUUUCUUUCAGUUUUUGCACACUAUUUCCCAACUGUCAGAUUACAUAUGUUUUGUUGGCUAUUAAAAAUAAAUUCUUUGAACUCAUUUGGUAUGCAUGCCUCUUUGACCCAUCUCCUUUUUUGUGAAAGAAUUAUGCAAUACAUCUCCCUGUAUAUAGGUGGCAGUAUGCUAGUAGUAGUCUAGUAAGUUUUAAAUGGAAGAAACUCACGAGGAAAUUAUUAUCUGAAAGUUCACAGCAUCGCUGAUGUAGCAUGCAAUUAAACAAACAAAUUGACACUAAAACAACAUCCAGACGUCAGAGACUUUAUUUCCAAGAGCUAGAGCAACUUUGAACAAGCACUCUCGUUAAGUGACUCCGAAGGUGUUUAGUGAGCUAAGUCAUCACACAGAAGGCCGAAACGCAGACAACCACCAAUGGAUCAUCAUCUGAUGCCAGUUGGCAUGCAGAUCACCAGCUGAGCUAUAUGAUCAGUCUGACAGACAGACAAUGGAGAGUGCUGAGGAAAUGCAGUGGGAACCCCAAGCAUCACUACAUAAGGUAAAGCUUGAGGAAGAGUGGCCUGCCACCGCUAGCACAGAUUCAGAGACUGGGUUACCCAUGCCCAUGCCCAUGUCCAUAAAAUCGGAGCCUGUUAUAAGUUCGGUGUAUAGUCUGGCCAGCGCUGAAGAUAAAGUUGAGGUUUUAAAUGUUAAAACGGAAAUUAAGUCAGAGAUGACCUUAGAAGAGUAUGUGCCUUCAGACCAUGCAGGGUGGCUGGUGGAUCCACUAGCCAGCCAUGAUAUACCUAAAGAGGAGAUCCGUGUAGUCACCAUCGGUGGCAGUGAGGUUCUACCUAAAGAGGAGACUGAUGAUGACAGUGUUGAUGACAGUGAUGAUGAUGAGAGGAAUGUAGAGGCAGGUUUUAAUGCUUGCCAUGAGGACGGUCUUCAGGAAACACGGGGAGAUGAGUCUGAAGAUGAAAGCUCUUGUGGGAAGAGCACCGGGCAUGUCAAGGGAUGUUACCCUUGUACCACCUGUGGCAAAACGUUCACAUUCAAGACUAACCUGACCAAGCAUGAAAUCCUGCACACGGGAGAGAGGCCAUACGUGUGCCGUUUGUGCGGAAAAAGCUACUCUCGCUCAGACCACCUGAAAAAACACCUCAGGAUCCACAACACCAGUGGUGCAACGGGCGAGGGUGAGGACAAGAAAAAAGGAGGCGAGUGCCCCAAAUGUGGAAAGAAACUGAGUAACAUUGACUCGUUGCGGAUACACAUGGAGAGGCACAAAGAGGAGAGACCUUUCUCCUGCGACCAGUGCCAUAAGACCUUCAAACUGCGACAAGACCUCCUCGUGCACCUAAAGAGCCACGCGGACGUGAAGCCGCAUGUGUGCGACGUGUGCCAGCAGCGCUUCAGCAGGCGGCAAAUCCUGGAGAAACACCUGCUCAAGCACACGGGACAGACACCCUACAACUGCCCGCACUGCCCGAAGAUAUUCAGGUCGAAAUGGGGACUGACUUGUCACUUGAAGAAUUGCACAGAGGCACAACCAUAUGCGCGCGUACGAAAAGGGCGGAAAUCUUACAGCUGCCCACACUGCCAAAAGGAAUACAAGUCGAAAGGGGGAUUUACGUAUCACACGAAGCAACGCCUUUGCAUAGACCCACCCUAGAUUGAGUUGACUCAAUGGAUAUAUAUUUUUAAACUUUUUUUUAAAUUUUUCAUUAUGUAGUUGUACAGUGCAUCAUUAUUCUCAUGAAACAAUACAACUGGGGGAAAAAAACAUCAAAGAUCACUUGUCAGGCACAAACGGGCAGUCCAUGACUUGAACACUCAUAGUUGUCCUCAGAGUUGCACGUCUCCUACAUUGAUUAACAUCAUAGAUCGGUGGUUCUUAACCUUUUUUUCUUAACGCACCCCCUUACCUGUGCCCAAGACAAGCCAUGCACCCCCAAUCCAAACUUAUACACGUGCAUACGCACUAAAUAUGAUUUAAGUGAUUCAUUACAAUCAUUCUUGCUUGAGACAUUAAUCAAUACUUCAAUACCUUUACAUGGGGACCAAACGAUGCUUUAAUUUGGUUUUGAUUUGGCCUAAUUAUAAUGUUUGCUAGCAGAAUUUUGGUCACAACCUCAACACAAACAAAAUUUUGCGCACCCCCUGAAGUCUCUGCCGCACCCCCAGGGGGUGCCUGCACCCCAGGUUAAGAACUACUGAUAUAGAUUGACCUAUAGAUAUGUAGAUGUCUCCAGGUUUUAACAAAUGGUAGUAUUUCACACAAAGUCAAAUUAAAACAAAGAAGAUAUCAAAAGGAGGGUCAAAGUUGUUUAUCUAUAUGUCCUCAAACACACCAUGAUUCCGGCAAUCCAUAUCUUUAGUCUGCAUUUUAACAUAGAGUAUACUCUAUAUUUAUAUAGGUUGUAUGCUUUCAUUGUGUCAACGUGCAUUUUAAUAUUGUCCCUUGAAGACAUGUUAGAAAAUCUGCAGAAAUGUGAGGGGUGUAUACUAAUUUAAUAAAAUGAGCCACUUUGAAUUCAUGGGGAGAAGAUAAAGCUGGUUAUUAAUUUGUGAGAAGGAAACAUUGAUGGAUGAUUGUGCGUCUUGCUUGGUCAACACUGCGUUUUGACUAUAGUAGUACUCCGGCGGCCUCUGCUGGGAUUGAAAAGGAAUGACAUGCCCACUGUCAAUGUCUACUUCCAAAUUGAGGUUAUUUCAAUGGGAAUGGAAUUUUGAAUAAUAUAAGGCCUACCUUAAUAUGUAGCCCAACUGAUCCAUAAUGAUGUACAUAUGUUUGCAACUGCAUUCAUAUUACUGCUAUUGAUAGACUGUUUUAAAGCUGGGUGCAAUUCACCUAUUUUUUGUUAAUUUACAAAUGUGCAAAUUAGCAAUAAAUAGUCUACCCAUCCCUUUGUGAUUCAUCCACACAUAGGCAGAGACCAUCAGGAAAAACAGACUCUCUC